GUCAGUCCAGAAACUGGAAAGAGGCGGAGAAAGGAAAACACACAGGUAGAUCACAAAUACACUUGUUGUCCUUUACGGGGACAUGUAACAUAAAGAUAUCGCCUACACCUGGAAACAGCUUGGAUUUAUCAGGUCGUGACUUAUUUAUCAAGAGGUUUAGGAUUCAGAGAAGAGUUGAGAUUUGUGGGGGAGCCCUCAGUUAACGUCGCUGGAGGUUUCAGAGCCAACAUGGAUCACCUGUGUCGGGGCUUGAAAUAGCUGUCACUACCGGAGGACCGAGUUAUUUCGAUUAACGGCAGGUCGGCCAGGUCAUGCUGAUGGACCAGGACACUCAGUGGCUGUACCAUCUCCUGGCUGAGGUCCAGUUGGAGAAGUUCUACCUGCGCGUCAGAGAUGGACUCAACAUCACCCGCAUCGAGCACUUCGCCUACGUCAAGGAGGCCGACCUGGAGCAGAUAGGAAUCAGCAAACCUGCACAAAGAAGAUUAUGGGAUGCUCUGAAACGCCAAAAGACAAAUUCACGAUCACGGCCAUGGACAAAGGUGUUUAGUGGGCGAGGUACAGAUGGAGGGGAGCAGUGGAGCGGCCAGGCUCAGGAAGGGGUCAGCCGAGCUCUUCCUUCUCUGAUCCAGGACAGCGAGCUGGUUCUGGGCGAGAAGCUGGGCUCCGGGUCCUUUGGGGUGGUGAAGAGGGGAGAGUGGCACACACCCACUGGGAGAGUGCUGCCUGUAGCAGUAAAAUCACUGAGGAGCAGGCACACAGACACACUGAAGGACUUCCUCCAAGAAGUAACCAUCAUGCAGUCGUUGGAUCACCCCAACAUCAUACGACUCUACGGUGUGGUGCUCACACAGCCCCUCAAAAUGGUUACAGAACUAGCUCCCUUGGGUUCACUAUACGACACCCUGCGCUCACGUCAGUAUGAGUACCCUCUGGCACGCCUCUGGCUCUUUGCUACCCAGAUCGCGGCAGGUAUGGAGUACCUGGAGACAAGGAGAUUCAUCCACAGGGACCUGGCUGCGAGAAACGUGCUGCUGGCUUCCAGGGAGACAGUGAAGAUCGGGGACUUCGGCCUGAUGAGAGGCCUGAGCCAAGAGACAGAUCACUACAUCAUGUCGGCACACAGGCGCAUCCCGUUCGCAUGGUGUGCCCCAGAGAGUCUUCGUGUCGGCGCCUUCUCCCACUCCUCAGACGUGUGGAUGUUUGGUGUCACUCUGUGGGAGAUGUUCACUUAUUGUGAGGAGCCCUGGCUCGGUCUGUCAGGCCGACAGAUUUUGUGGCGUGUGGAACGGGAGGGCGAACGUCUGGAGAAACCGCCAGAUUGCCCUCAAGAGCUGUACGCCGUCAUGAGGAAGUGCUGGGCCUGCAAUGCCGCAGACAGACCCAGCUUCGCCCAGCUCACCACAAUGGUGACUGAGGCUAAGCCAAUGGAGGUGCAAGCCACAAGGGACUUUUCUGAACCCAGAAAACUCGCACUGGUGGCCAACGACCUUGUGACAGUCAUAGACCAUGGUCUGGAGCUGAGUGAGUGGAAAGGCCAGAAUCAGAGGACGCUGACAGUCGGCUGGUUUCCUGCGAGCCUCUGUGUACCGUCGCUCCCUCCUGCUGCUGCUGCUCCUCCCACCGCUUCCAGCAACCCCUCCUCCAGUUCUGUCCACAUCUCAGCCCCUCUGAAGGGCAGUCUGCAGCACACUGGGCAUGGAGACAUCAAGCCUGAACGCUGCUGGGGAUCACCAGAGACCCUUGACGACAGCAGCAGCUGGAGGCCAAGCCCUGCCAGAGAGAAGGACGGAUCCAAUCUGCAGAAAAUGGCAGGUAUGUCUCGGAGCCUGGAAUCAGUCUUGAGCGGACACCGGCCUCGAGCUCACACAGUAGGCGUGGUCAGAGUGGAUCAGCACGGCAGACUCAUGCCGCCCAUAAUGGCUGCUCACAGCAUGGUGAUGCAGCAGGACCCCCGUCGGUUCAGUGAGGCCAGCAUCAUACCCCCUCCGCGACCGCCGCCCCCCAACCUGAAACGAUUGAACAUGAGGUCUCAGAGAAGGCCCCCAGUCAAUCUACCCCCAGGCGGCCCCUGGCCCCCUCAGGUGACGGUACCCGCUCCGGCACAGCCGCAACCUCAACUCCAACCGCAGCACCCGCCUCAGCCGGGCGUCGGAGGCUCCAACCUGGCUAAGAUGGUCAACUUGGCGCGCUCGACCCCACAGCUGGAUGACUACACAGAGUCCAGAGAGAGAGAUCGAGAAAAGGAACGAAACAGAGACAGAGAGAAAUCGCCUCAUGUGCACCACACUAAGGACAGUCUCAUCACACAGGUUAUGGAGGCAGUGCAUGGGGUGACCACUGAGGAGGUUCAUACUGCACUUCAACGUAACGACUGGAACCCAGUGCGAGCUGAGCAACAACUAAAGUUAGAGCAGCUGUACUCGCUGAGCCUCUGCUCCAGAGACGACUGCCUGAGGAUCCUGUCCAGAUACCAGUGGAACCUGCAGCUGGCCAGCCGCUACCUGAUCCGACAAGGCAGCGACCUCAAAUUAGCACCAGAGAGACGGUUGUGAAGUGAUUUACUGGCUGAUUUUUUGCCUUUUGUUAGUGCACAGAGGGUUGACUUUUUUAGCGACAUCCUGCUUUACAGUGACGAACUCUGACGUUUGGAACUUCCCAGUAUGACGCUCAGACACCGCUUCAGUGUGGAAACAAGUGUGGGAGGUCACUCCUGUGGAGAUUAAAAUAGGAAAAUGAAGAUGGAUGAAUGUAAAAAGAAAAAUGCAAAGUGACUUCAUGAGUGUUUAUUGUAUUUUCAAUAAGACGUUAUCCCGCAUAUUGUUAUUUACAAAUAGUUUUUGUAUCUCAAUGAAUUUGUUUAUAUUGUGUUAGAAAUUAUUGUUUUGUUGAAUAAAAAGGUCUGAUCUGA